AUGGAUAGAAAUCAUCAUGUCCCCUGGCAAACCUACUUAUCCACAGCAUGUACCCACGGCCUCCCUCACCUAACGUGGGCUUAUGCUGUGGAAGAUAUGGUGAAAAAUAAAGGAUUCUUGCCAUCAGGGCCUUCCGAGAUACCUAUACAACGAAAUCAAAUAAAGGAUAUAAUAUACUCCUUAUAUCCAGCAUGUAAAGAGCCUGACCUUGAUUCAGGAAUUCCUUUCAGAGCUGAUGCAAUUAUUGCCAAUCCUCCAGCUUAUGUUGUGAACGGCACAGAGCUUGUUGAUGAUCAAGUCUUCAGUUUGCCACAACUUCAAUAUGUGCACAAUCACCAAAGUGGUCGUGUAUCAGCUGGCUUACUGAACUCAGCAUUGCAACUUGACAUGACAUUGAAAAGCAUCUUCCUUUUCGUUGAGAUGGCAAAUGGUGAGUGA